UUUACAGUGCACAUUAAACUUUCGAUAAUGCAUUAGAUAUCGGAAACGUCCAAUGCCCGUAAAGCGUUUGAAAGGUCGGAGGAGGAGAUCUGAAACGUUGCCAGCUCUUCACAUUCGGUACAAAUGAGGCGACACUAAUGGAAACUGUGCGAAAUAUCGAAGAACUGCUUUUAACCGGAGACAUUCGUCGCGCUCCCAAGGCUCCGUCUCGCGCAAUAAGGGGGCGGGCGAGCACGGAGAGGCGGCAUAUUCCCGUUGCAUUAUGUUUGAAUUCAGUGGCACUUUAAACCAUAAAUCAGCGGGUACUUCAGAGAGGCACCGGAGCCUCUUGACAGACAGUCGCGGCGAAUGCUGAGCCUCGAGCCCACUAAAGGGAAGAACGCCGCCGCGUGUGUUCACUCGGCGGUUUCCACUAACAAGGCCUGUAUAUAAUCCCACUGUUUAUAGCCGACUCUUCAGGAAGCCACACGGUCUCCUCGCGCCUUCCAAUAUAGCGCGCUGCUACAUCGGGCGCUGUGACCACGGUCACCUGUCACCGGCUUCUUUCACGUCAGGGCUCGCGAACUCCCAGUAAUGCGGCAGCUCACUGGUUGGAACAUAUGUAUGACGGUACAUUAAAUACUUUAUGAGUGAUUCCCGCGCGCUGUGCAUAGUCUAUAUCCAGUCAGAUUUCAUUUUUCACAUGAUUUUAAAAUUUUAUUUCAGUGAUUGUUUUCUUUUGCAUUUAUUCCCUUGACAUUCAUGGCAUUAGAAAUUGACCCGUGUUUCAAAAUAAUAAAUAAAUAAAAUAUAUGUAUUUUAAAAAUACAAGUAAGAUCUAUUCUGUGGUAUUCCUUCGCACAUCAGAUCUGUUCUGUGAUUCCAAGUUUCUAGACUCUUGUUAGCUUGCUUCUGGUUGUCUAUGUCGUAUGCUACUAAAGAAACGCGUGCAAAAAAUAAUACACUGGGAAAAAAUGUUCUUUAACAAGAUACAUGAGCAUGUUGCUUUUUUGUUGGAAUGAACCGGUGCGGCAAAGCAUUAAAAGAAAAGCAGAAUUGUAUCCGCUAUCGGUUCUGUUAAUUAAUGAUCUCUGCUGCUCGGGAGCAUAAGCCCCCCUAACCUGUGCCUUAGCUCCGCUGACUGAGGAAAUGAAUGAAGAUGAAAAAAAAAAAAAGACGGAGAAAUAAUAAAUUAUUCCGCGCGAGGUUUCAUUUCAGGCCAUUAACUAUAGGUGGAGCCGGGUUGAUAUUUUGCACCUGCACUGUCAGAGGCAUGGUUCUCUCUCUCUUUUUUUUUUAAAAAAAGAGAAAUGGCACGACCAACACAGUGACAGGUUCGGGGCAUCCUUCGGGAAUGCCCAAUCAAUCACGAGACGGGAGGGAGGAAUUCAGCUGAGCGCUGAAUUAGCUUCCCGGGGAAUGUAGGGAUUCAUGUGCAACGUCCAAACGACCAAAAUGGCUCCUAGCCUUUGAACGACUACCGUGAUUAUCUGGAGGAAUUGGCUGUUUGUGUCAAUCACCCCCCCUCCUCCUCCUCCUCCUCCCGUAUGCGUCUCCUCUUUCUUUUACUCCCGUAGGUGAGCGAGGGAGACGGGCGGCAUUCGGGCGACGGAGACGACGGGGACGGGGACAGCGGCAGCAGCAGCAGCUGCCGCGAUUUUCUCGCGCCGUGAUUAAAUACUUCUUGUGUCUUCUCCGCCGCUAUAAUCCGUGUAGCACAGAAAAGGGGGGCUGCGGGAGGAUAAUCGUGAAUGGACCCCUGAAUCAUUCCAGCUGGCUGCAUCUCAAACAGCGCCGUGGAGAGAAUGGGAUUGGGCUCCCUUGUUCUGUCACAAGAGCGGCAGCAUUUUAAGGAGUUUCUCCCAGAAAUCGUUCCGGAACGCGCGGCGUCUCCCUUUCUCUUCGCCCCGACGACGGGCACAUUUCGGCUGGAGAAGGUAACAGCGGAAGGACUGCGUGGGGAAUUAGCCACUGAGGUCGCCUCUCCCUGUCUGCGGAAGAACCCGGAUCGUUGCGCGAUCUCUCUCGCUCUCUCCGCCUUCUGCCGGGAGCGGACCCCUGUCCCCCCGAAGACCCGGAAAGCAUCCUCCCCAAUGUCCUGCGAUGGUUACAUGAAGACGCCAUGAAGCCCACAGCACCUCACCGCUCCCCUGCUUUGGGACAGUGAACUUGUCCGAAAACUGCAGAGAGAGAGAGAGAGAGGGAGAGAGAGAGCGAGCGCGAGAACGACGAGGAGCUUGGUUAAUCCGGCGAGGAAAGUGUAAAGGGGGGAGGGGGUGGGGGCAGGGGCAGGGGGGGGGUGGUGGUGGCGAUCAGCCAUGAAUCUCGCGAUCAAGCUGCGCAGGAACCUGCGGCGGCUGGUGAUCCUGCUGGCCACCUUCUGCAUGGUGAGCGUCCUGGUCUCGGCCUACUACCUGUACUCGGGCUCCCCGGCGCAGGAGCUGGAGCUGUCGGACCGCGCCGCCGAGCUGGACUGCGCCGACCUCAAGCUGCUCCCCUACCGCCUGGCGGAGGCCAAGACCGCCAAGCCCAUGGACCCGUCGCGCAAGGAGCCCGUGGUGCUGGUGUUCGUGGAGAGCCAGUACUCGCAGCUGGGCCAGGACAUCAUCGCCGUCCUGGAGUCCAACCGGUUCCAGUACCGCGCGGAGAUCGCGCCGGGUAAAGGGGACAUCCCGCCGCUGACGCACAAGGGCCGGGGCCGCUACGCCCUGGUCAUCUACGAGAACAUGAUGAAGUACGUCAACAUGGACUCGUGGAACCGCGACCUGCUGGACAAGUACUGCACGGAGUACAGCGUGGGCGUCGUGGGCUUCCACCGGGCCACGGAGAGCGCGCCGCCGCUGGCCAAGCUGCGGGGCUUCCCGCUCUACCUGCGCAGCAACCUGGCGCUGCGCGACUGCUGCGUGAACCCGCGCUCGCCGCUGCUGCACGUCACCCGGCCCGAGGCCGACCGCGGCCCGCUGCCCGGCGACGACUGGACCGCGUUCCACUCCAACCACUCCACCUACGAGCCGGUGCUGAUGGCCAAGCCGCGGCAGACGGGCGAGCCCGGCGGCGGCGGCGGCGGGAACAACGCGCUGCCCCCGCCAGCGGCCUUCGGCGGCCCGCCGCUGUACGUGACCGUGGUGCAGGACCUGGGCCUCCACGACGGCAUCCAGCGCGUCCUGUUCGGCAACAACCUCAACUACUGGCUGCACCGGCUGAUCCUGGUGGACGCCAUGUCCUACCUGACGGGCAAGCGGCUGUCGCUCUCCCUGGAGCGCUACGUCCUGGUGGACAUCGACGACAUCUUCGUGGGGAAGGAGGGCACCAGGAUGAACGUGAACGACGUCAAGGCCCUGUUGGACACACAGAAUCUGCUCCGAUCUCAAAUUACAAACUUCACCUUCAACCUCGGAUUUUCCGGAAAAUUCUACCACACUGGGACUGAGGAAGAGGAUGCCGGGGACGACCUGCUGCUGAAGUACGUGGACGAGUUCUGGUGGUUCCCCCACAUGUGGAGCCAUGCCCGCCCACCCGCCCACCACCCUUCAGAUCUCCUUCUGGAACAGAUAAUCCUCAACAAGGAGUUUGCCCUGGAGCACGGCAUCCCCGCGGACAUGGGCUACGCGGUGGCGCCGCACCACUCGGGCGUGUACCCCGUGCACAUGCAGCUGUACCAGGCCUGGAAGAAGGCCUGGGGCAUCCGGGUGACCAGCACCGAGGAGUACCCCCACCUGAAACCGGCCCGCUACCGCAAGGGCUUCAUCCACAGCAACAUCAUGGUACUUCCUCGGCAGACCUGUGGUCUGUUCACACACACCAUAUUCUACAAGGAGUACCCCGGAGGGUCGAAGGAACUGGACAAAAGCAUUAAAGGAGGGGAGCUUUUCCUGACCGUCCUCCUCAACCCGAUAAGCAUCUUUAUGACCCAUUUGUCUAACUACGGGAACGACCGGCUGGGCCUCUACACCUUUGUGAACCUGGCCAGCUUUGUGCAGUGCUGGACCAACCUGAGGCUGCACACCCUGCCUCCUCUGCUGCUGGCACACAAGUACUUCCAGCUGUUCCCCGAGCAGAGGAACCCACUGUGGCAGAACCCUUGCGAUGACAAGAGGCACAAGGACAUCUGGUCCAAGGAGAAGACGUGUGACCGGCUCCCCAAGUUCAUGGUGAUUGGUCCUCAGAAGACUGGAACCACGGCUCUCUAUCUCUUCCUGAUAAUGCACCCUUCCAUAUCGAGCAACUUCCCCAGCCUGAAGACAUUCGAGGAGGUGCAGUUCUUCAACAGCAACAACUACCACAAAGGCAUCGACUGGUACAUGGAGUUCUUUCCGGUCCCCUCCAACGUGACCACGGACUUCCUGUUCGAAAAGAGCGCCAACUACUUCCCGUCGGAAGAGUCGCCCCGACGCGCAGCCGCCCUCCUGCCCAAGGCCAAGGUGAUCACGCUGCUCAUCAACCCCUCGGACCGUGCCUACUCCUGGUACCAGCACCAGAGGGCUCACGAGGACCGCGCUGCUCUGAGGUACAGCUUCUACGAGGUGAUCUCCGCGGGUCACCACGCCCCCGCCGAGCUCCGGUCCCUGCAGAACCGCUGCCUGGUGCCGGGUCUGUACGCCGUGCACAUCGAGAGAUGGCUUACCUACUACCCUCCCAGUCAGCUCCUGAUCAUCGACGGGCAGCAGCUGAGGUCUGACCCCGCGGCCGUCAUGGACGAGGUGCAGAAGUUUCUGGGCGUCUCUCCGUACUACAACUACUCUCAGGCCUUAACGUUCGACCCGCAGAAGGGGUUCUGGUGCCAGCUGCUGGAAGGGGGGCGGACCAAAUGCCUGGGGAAGAGCAAAGGCAGGAAGUACCCGGCCAUGGACGCUGAGUCCAGGGCCUUCCUGUCGCGGUACUACAGGGACCACAACGUGGAGCUGUCCAAGCUGCUGCACAGACUGGGCCAGCCGCUGCCCUCCUGGGUCCGAGAGGAGCUGCAGAAAGUCAGAUAGCACAGCGGGAGGGAGGGAGGGGGCGGAGAGAGAGAGAGAGAGAGAGAGAGAGAGAGAGAGCGAGAGAGAGAGAGAGCGAGAGGGAAGGAGGACUUCUGACUACAAUCCUGCCAAAAAAAUCAUAUAAAAAUACAAAUUUGAAAAGAAGAAAAAAAAAAAUGAGGAGGAGGAAUAAUAAAUAAAAAAACGACAGGACACGGAUUUUUUUCGAGCACCUCUUCAGGAACGGGAGUCGCCUCUUUCAGUGUUUCCAUGUGCUGGCAUGUGGGGUCAGGAGUGUCUGAAAACCUGUGGAGGGAAGAUAAGGUGCGCUGCCUUUGGAGGGGCGGGGGAGAGGGAGAGGGCGGGGGAGGGGGGGGGAUAAAGACGGAACACACACACGUACGGAACGCGCGCACACGCGUGUGGCUGUCAGACUGAUCCAAGCCUGCGUGUGCGGCAGGCCUGCACUUGAGACUGCGGUGACUGUUUGUUUUUGUUUUUUAUUUUAUUUUUUUAUUUAUGGCGCCGGCGCGGUGCUGGUGAGCUGCCCUGGCGUCCGUGGUGAAAGAUUUGCACUAAAGUUCCGUUCAAUGCCUCCCACACUUUUUUUCCUUCUUCUUUUUUUAAAAUCUUUUUUCUGUCUUGUACAUUCAGAGAGAGUAACAGAGGGGGGAGAGAGAUACGCGAGAGCUUGUUAACUGAGAGCGGCUCGCUGAAGGUAAACACGGGGAGGAUCUGAGCGGAGUUUCGCUCGUCUGAAGCAGAGUAGUGGCAGCCUCGCCGUUUUUCACGCGGCGGCUGCUCGUUCAGACGGAGCGGCGUCGGUCGACUGCUAGCUGCGAACGUCGAGCGGCGUCUCUCGCCUUCACCCGCGGUCCCCAGAAGACGAGCAGAGGAGGAGCACGCCUCGUCGUUUCCAUGCCGAUCCUUUCCUUCCCCCCCACCGCCGCGUUUCCCAAUAUAGCCGCGGAGCGCGGACGCGCGUCGCAGUCAGAGCACGAAGCGGAAGGCCGCUCGGAUGCGGGCGGGGGGCGGCCAGAGCGUUCUGGAAGGUGACGUCACCCCCCUCGCGGACUCUGGAGAUUCGGGGCUCUGCUCACGCACCCGUGCCUGAGGCCGGGAGUCUUUUCGGCGCCUCAGAACAAACUGUUUUCCGGAAACUUGUACGGCGCGCAGGACCGCACUGCGUCUGUCGGCGACGCACUUUGUUCAGUAAGGAUCAUCGUUUCCGUACUGACUGCACCGGGACUUCGACGCUGGUGGCUCGGUUGGAGUGAUGAAAUUCAUGAAAUCUGUACCACUUUCAGGCUUUUUUUUGUUUCCUCCCACAGCUAAGCACAGAGCGCGUUGUGGUUAGAUUGAAUUUUGGUCUUGGUCGCAAAAGUGCGCUCCUGAAAAUUGUGAUUAUAAAGGCACCUGAAAAUCAUAUGCUCGUUGGCGAACUUUGUGAUCACACAAUAAGCGAAUCGCACUGGUGAACUCAGGGAAAAUCUGAGUGUCCUAAAACAAACAUGUACAUGUUCUUUUGAGAAGGGUAUUUAUUUUUUUGUUCAGUUCUUCGCUGGCGUGUGGGUGUAUCGCUUGGUGAAAUCGAACAGUGGUCAUUCAGUAGGCCCCGUGGUGAAUUCACUUUAAUGGGAAAAGAUAAUGAUCUCCCCUCUGAAGGGACCUUCUGAUAACCUUGACAUUCUACACCCUGGAUAUGGUGUGCCAUGCCAUGCUCACCGCGGGUAUGUGAAAUUUACAGCAGAGUCACGGUUUCAAACGUCACGCUUACUCACAUCGCCGAACUGAGGACAGCAAGGACUGCGCGAUCAGACCAAUGCCCCUGGGAUUCUAAUGUAUCAUAUUUCAGUCAUAUUUCAUAAUUUAGUUUAGUUUUUUUUUUAAUUCUUUUUUUAAGCUAUCAUUUCGCCCCAUCGGCAGGACUAAUAGGAGAUGCUUUUGUUACAUGAGAUUAAUUCUAAGAAUUGAUGCAGUUUGUGUCGGGUUUUAGUCGCCAGUUUGACCUUAGCGUUGCUUUCUGGGUCGCAGCGUAUUUGCUGGUUGGAUUACUUGUAUUUUUAUUUUUUUGUUUUUUUUUUGUUAAUAAAUGCCUCAAUACGGUGUGUAAUUGCUUCGAAAGAGUGUGUAUAUAUAUAUACAUAUAUAUUCAAAUAAAAAAAUUAACUGGUUAA